AUGGAGAGCAGCUCCACCGCAGGCAUGAGUCGCCUCCCCUUCCAUGCAGAGGCAGUGGCCUACGCCAGCGUGGCCCCCGCCGGCAAUGAACGCCAGACCCUGUGCGCAGCAGGGAUCCUGCAGGACAGACGGAGGGACCAGACCCAGCGCGUGGGCCUGCGGAUGGAGCCCAGCAGAGGGCGCCGGGGAGCAGUGGAGGUGGCCCCGGCAGGAUUAACCAUGCGGGUCCCCCUCGAGGCUCUGUGGCUGCUCCUGUGCUUGUGCGCUGUGCUCGAUGGGCAGCAGGUGACGGAGGUGCGCUGGUGCACCAUCUCCAGUGCGGAGCAGGAGAAGUGCGAGAACAUGAGCAAGGCCUUCCAGGAAGCCGGCAUCCAGCCCUUCGUCGCCUGCAUCCAGGCCACCUCGGGCCCCCACUGCAUGCAGCUCAUCUCGGCCCAGCAGGCUGAUGCCGUCACCCUGGAUGGAGAAGCCAUUUACGAGGCGGGCAGGGAGCACGGCCUGAAGCCUGUGAUGGGCGAGCUGUACGAUGGCGAGGUUGGGACCUCCUAUUAUGCUGUGGCUGUGGUCCGGAAGAACUCAUCUUUAACCAUCAACACCCUGAAAGGCAUGAAGUCCUGCCACACGGGCCUGCAGCAGACGGCAGGCUGGAAUGUGCCUGUGGGCUUCCUGGUAGAGACCGGCCGCCUCUCGGUGAUGGGCUGCGACGUGCUCACAGCUGUCAGCGAGUUUUUUGGGGGCAGCUGUGUCCCUGGAGCAGGAGAGACCAACCACUCGCUGUCCCUCUGCCAUGCCUGCAGGGGUGAUGGCUCUGGGAAGAGGGUGUGUGACCACAGCCCCCUGGAGAGAUACUACGGCUACAGCGGAGCCUUCCGGUGCCUGGCGGAAGGGGCUGGGGACGUGGCCUUCGUGAGACACAGCACCGUGCUGGAGAACACAGAUGGGAAAACCCUGCCCUCCUGGGACAAGGCUCUGCUGUCACAGGACUUUGAGCUGCUGUGCAGGAAUGGCAGCCGAGCCAGCGUCACUGAGUGGCGGCGAUGCCACCUGGCCCGGGUCCCCGCGCAUGCUGUGGUGGUCAGAGCUGACAUGGACGAAAAACUCAUCUUCCAACUACUUGGUGAGGGCCAGCUGCUGUUCAACCACGAGGGCAGCACCUUCCAGAUGUUCAGCUCAGAGGCCUACGGCCAGAGGGACCUGCUGUUCAGGGACACCACUGUGGAGCUGGUACCCAUUGGUACACAGACCUAUGAGGCAUGGCUGGGCCGAGACUACCUGCAAGCCAUGAAGGGCCUGUUCUGUGACCCCAACCAGCUACCCCACUUCCUGCGCUGGUGUGUGCUGUCCACGCCAGAGUUCCGAAAGUGUGGCGACAUGGCGCUGGCCUUCAAUCGACAGAAGCUCAAGCCAGAGAUCCAGUGCGUGUGGGCCGACGCCCCGCUGCAGUGCAUGAAGCAGAUCCAGGCUGGGCACAUCGAUGCCGUGACUCUGGGGGGUGAAGACAUUUACAGAGCAGGGAAGACAUUUGGGCUGGUCCCAGCAGCCGGGGAGUCCUACGCUGAGAACAGUAGCAUCGUGUACUAUGCGGUGGCCCUGGUGAGGCGGGACAGCUCCUCCGCCUUCAAUCUGAAUGAGCUGCGUGGCAAGCACUCCUGCCACCCCAGUGUGGACAGCCUUGCUGGCUGGACCGUGCCCGUGGGUGCCCUCAUCCACAGGGGCUCCAUCCGGCCCCCAGACUGCAACGUGAUCAGAGGGGUGAGCGAGUUCUUCAAUGGCAGCUGUGUGCCUGGGAGUGAGGCCAGGAAAUAUCCGUCCUCACUGUGUGCAGCCUGUGUGGGGGAUGAAAAGGGCCGAAACAAGUGUGUGGCCAACAGCCAGGAGAGGUACUUCAGCGACAGCGGAGCCUUCAGGUGCCUGGUGGAAAGGGCAGGGGAAGUCGCCUUUGUGAAGCACACGACUGUCUUUGACAACACAAACGGCUACAGUACGGAGCCCUGGGCAGCCGAGCUCAGGCAGCAGGACUACCAGCUGCUGUGCGCCAAUGGGGCGCGCGCGGAGGUUCACCAGUUCCAAGCCUGCAGCCUGGCCAGGAUCCCAGCCCACGCUGUCAUGGUGCGGCCGGACACCAACCCCUUUGCUGUGUACGGGCUCCUAGACAAGGCGCAGGAGCUGUAUGGAGAUGACCACAAUAAGAACGGGUUCCAGAUGUUUGACUCCUCCAGAUAUGGUGGCCAAGACCUGCUUUUCCAGGACGUUACGGUCCAGCUGGUGCCUGUGGCAGAGAAGAGCUCGUACCUCGCGUGGCUGGGGCCUGACUACGUGAGAGCGAUGGAGGGGAUCCUGACCCCACCAUGCUCGGGGCCAGGCACUGUCCCCCGGGUCUCCUGGCUGCUCCUGCUGCCCCUCACUGCUGGCCUCGUCCUCCUGAGCAUCCUCUGA